GCCUUACAUGGGCAAUUUUCAGUGCUAAGGGUGUCUCUGUCGGAUGGAAUUUAGAGCAGUGACGUCACUGCCUGCUGCUCUCCCAGAUUUUGGGAAAAAGAAGUUUCAGUUUUUGUGGGAUUUGAAACUCAUUGAUUCUUAGAAAGCGAGACGUGAACGAGCCUAAGAACACCGCAGAGAGAGGGAAAGCCGAGCGAGUUCCAGAGCUAUUUUCGCUGUGUGACGUGUGGAGAAGGAAGAGAUUGAGCCAUGUCUCAUCAACCAUGGAAUCAACCCCAAGCUGACGGUGAGGAAUACGGGCAUGUGACAGCAAGGAUGGAAACCACUCCUUCAUUUGGCACCCCCAGCAUCUCUGUGUCCCAGCAGCAAGCGCCAAAGAAGUUUGCACCUGUUGUGGCCCCCAAGCCGAAGUUCAAUCCCUACAAGCAACUAGGAGAAGCUGCACACAGUGGGGCUGGAGGUGACUUUCCACCACCUCCCCCACCUGUGGAUGACCUGAGCAGUCUCCCAUCACCAGUGGCACCCUUCCCAGCUCCUCCACCUGCUGAUGGGGCAUCUUUCAGUGUUCAGGUCAAAACCCCAGAGAAGACGCUAGAAGAGCGCCGUUCUAGUUUGGAUGCGGAGAUUGAUUCUCUCACUAGCAUCCUUGCUGACCUGGAGAGCAGCUCACCUUACAAGCCCAGGCCACAGCAGAACUAUGGGACUACCCCAGUGACCACAUCCAGUUCAUCCACACCUGUCACUGGACACAAACGGAUGGUCAUUCCAACCCAGCCACCCUUGACAGCCACGAAGAAAUCGACUGCGAAGCCUCAGCCUCAGGCUGCCACGCAGCCCCCUGCUGCUUCCCCCACAAUGCCCAAACCGCAGCCCACACCCCCGCCUCAGCCUGUCCCAGCUUCCUAUACGACCGCCUCCACUCCCAGCCGGCCGACUUUCAAUGUGCAGGUCAAGACGGCCCAGCCCAGCCCUCACUACAUGCCUCAAGGUCCUCAGCCCACCCAGGGCUUGUCCCCUGCUUUCCACCAACAGCAGUAUCCCCAGCAGCCAGCUCGUUCCCAAGCUCCAGUUCAGUACAUGGCCACCCAACCCCGUGGUCCAGAUUUUGCCUAUGGGCCACCCCAGCCGGGCCGUCAGCCUGAGCUGACCCAUGGGUACGCUCCUCCACCUCCAAGAGCUUACCCUGAUCUCCACUACCAAGGAGUGGGGAUGCAGAGUCCUGCAUAUGGAGGUCACAACACCUGGAGACCAGAACCCCAUUACCCGACUUCUGCCACUGGCCCAGGGUACCAACCUCCUGCUCCUAAGAAGACCUACAUCACUGACCCACCACAGGCCAUGGGCCCUUCACCCAUGAUUCAGUAUGGAUCAGCUCCUGGACUUCCACAGAAGGGUGGCCCUGUGGUUCCUGCUCCUGGGAUGGCACCCCCUCCCGGCAACGCUGUUGGAAGACCUGAGGAUGAGCUUGAACGCCUGACCAAGAAGAUGCUGUAUGACAUGGACAACCCUCCAUCUGAGGAGUACUUUGGCCGCUGUGCCUGCUGUGGGGAAAAUGUGGUGGGAGAAGGCACCGGCUGCACUGCCAUGGACCAGGUGUUCCACAUCGACUGCUUUAUCUGCAUGACCUGUGGCCGCAAACUCCGGGGAAAGCCUUUCUACGCAGUGGAAAAGAAGGCGUACUGCGAGCCCUGCUACAUCAAUACCCUGGAGACAUGUAACAUCUGUAUGAAGCCAAUCAUGGAACGCAUCCUGCGAGCCACAGGCAAGGCCUACCACCCACACUGCUUCACCUGUGUGGUGUGCCACCGCAGCCUGGACGGAAUCCCCUUCACUGUUGACGCAGGGAACCACAUCCACUGCAUUGAGGACUUCCACAAGAAAUUCGCCCCUCGGUGCUCUGUGUGUAAGGAGCCCAUCAUGCCAGCCCCUGGCCAGGAGGAAACAGUUCGCAUUGUGGCCUUAGACCGAGACUUCCACGUGCAGUGUUACCGCUGUGAGGAUUGUGGCUCUCUGCUCUCAGAGGGUGAUAACCAGGGAUGCUACCCUCUGGAUGGGCACAUCCUCUGCAAGAACUGUAACACUGCUCGCAUUCAGGCACUGACGGCCAAGGCGACAACUGAUCUCUGAAGGAGCCAUACGUACUGUAUAGCUCCACAUCACACUUCACACCUAAAGCGGACACAAAUAUAGCAUUUACACAUUCUCACAUUUUAAAAUAAAAUGUCACAUUUACACUAACUAUGAACCUUUCCCAUUUAGAGGUUGAAUAGUUCUUAAUUUACAAACCUGUGUCACUACCCACAAGGACAAAGGUGUGCUUCUGACAGUGCUUAUAUAGCUACACUGAUUAAAGCUUCAAGUCAAGCACCUGCUUUACAGUAUGUUUAACUCAGCGAACAAUGGUGCAGCUCUAAAAUAGCAGUGCUAGGCAAGAGGCUCCCACGUUUUUAGCUUUUCACAUUUCAUACCACGGUCUCAGCUCCCAACAGAAAUUUAGCAGAAUAUUUUGCAUUGUUGACUUGCUUAGGUGAGGUUUAAGACUAAAAUAGGAUCUGCCAUGCCUUGUCUUCUUAUUUACACCUGAGACACUUUUGAAACAAGAUUUUGCUCAUUGCAAAAUAACCCAAAGAGUUCUCAGAAGACUGUUUCUUGUAUUUGUAUGCAUACUGUAUUCUGAAACAGUCAGGUUUCCUUAUACAUAAUUCCACAAGGUUCAAAUGUGCCCAAAGUAUAAAAUGCUUUUUAGUGCCACCUUUAAAAUCAAUGAUACAGCUACUCUGUGAUCUUACACUUCCAUAUAGCCAAAAACUAAAAAAAACCUCUUUACUUCAUUGUAAGAAGCACACCAAAUGCUGGGAGUGACACCUUAGUGCCUUUAGUUUGGUAUUAAAGGGACAUUUUCACAGUGCUUAACUUGCAGUGCAUAAACUGUGCCUAUAUUUUUAAUUGCUUUGUGUGGAAAAGGUAUAUACAUUUGUAAAAGAAAAACACUCUCACAUUUAUAUUUAUAUAUGUUUAUGAAUUUCUUCACAAUAAGGGCUUGGAAUCAAGCAUUGAGAGUUUACAAUGCAAAAUGCGUAAUGCCAGUGGAGAUUGAAUGGUACUUUAUUACAUCCAAGGAAACUCUCUUGCUUGGCAGUGUUUCAGAUACUGGCUUGUUCUUUUUUCUAGAUAAUGAACACUACUAUUAAGGUUGUAUUUUUUGCAAAAAGAGGGCCUGGUCAUACUAAAGCUGUUGCUAGCCUCUGUGUUUUGCUUUUUAAUAGUAUAUAAUUAUAUUUUGGGCUCAUUCCAAAUUUUUCAUUUUUAUCUUUUCAAUCAUUUAGUAAUGCUUAAAACAAUCAACACAGAAUAACAAUAAAGAGGUAUCUGUUUUUCCAAAGAUAGACCAUUUCACCAAAGAUUUUACUUGAAAACUCUAUUGAAUAUGUGCAGUAUACAGUAUUUGCAAUUUAUAUCUGCAUUAUACACACACAUGCAGUAUACUGUGUGUAUAUUGUUAUCUUGCAGCAGUGAUAUUUAUAAAAUGUGCUGCUCACUUAGCCGGGAACAUAAAUCAGACUUUCAUGGGAGAGGAGUUUCAGCUGUUUUAAGGUUCAUGAUCAGUAGAACUAUUGCAUUUAAGGCAAACCUUUGCAAUAAUAUUCUCCACUGUAAGCAUUACAGUUUGAAAUAGCUCAGGCUACCACACUGUGCAUGAAGCCUUGUUUGUUUCCCCAUUUCUUAUUUUUAUGUGUACUAUCCUUGAAAAAGAUGUAGGGGAAGCCAUUUUCAAAAUAAUUUGAGGAAGAAAGUGUGUUACACCAAAAGGUACACUUACUGUAUAAAUGUAAUGAAAAAAUAUAAUGGUCUAUCUGGCUAGGGUAUCAGACCCACAUUUUUGUAAACUUUGAUAGUGGAGUUAAGAAGACAUCUCUUAACACGAAAACUCCCAAUUCUAGAAAGGCUUUAUACCAAGUAGACUCAGGAUAAAAUCAUUUGAAGCUUAGAUAGACUGGUCUUCCUUUUAGUAAUGUUCCCGAAUUAAGAAGUGAAUCAGGUUCAUGUUGUUUAUCCAAGUUGUUCUCACAGUGGUGGUGUACCAAUAAAGUUGUUUGCUGUGAUAAUGAUAGGAUACAACUGUGGUCUAAGACAUUUACUGUUUCCCAAGUCACUGAAGCCAUAUGCUGACUACACACCAAGGUAUCUCUGAUUAAAACAGUCAGUUUCCAACGGACAAAUGUUCACACAGAUUGAGACAAUCCCUUUUCUCUAAUAGUGCAAUAUCUGUCCAGUUUUCUGGGACAUGUUUUUCCCCCAAAUCGUCAAACAUUCAGACAAUUUGUUUCAUUAAUAAAACAUGUUCUUCGCUGGCCCAUAGUUGUACUGUGAUUCCACUCUGAGGAUCUGUAGUACAUUUAAUUCUAUUAAUGAACAGCAUGUAUAUUACAUCUGAAAUAGGAUUCUUUUGGAAUACUACCAAAUGAGCUUCAGUAGGACUAAACCAAUACGUCUUUUGAAAAAGGCUUUCUGCAAAACAUGUUCAAGGAUGCUAGAAAUUAAUGUUUUUACAAUUGAUUGCAUUGACACUUUAUUAAAAAAAAGCUAUGCAGGCUGUCUUUUUUAUAAACAAAAUGUUUAUACCACACAGAUAAAAGUAUAAUUAUGUUUCAUUAAUUUUGUAUGUUAAUUGAUGUUCUACCUUAUAGCAUUAACAGAUAAAAUGAAGUUUAAUGCUGUAACUUUCAUUUUUAAGUCAAAGGCUACAUUUUUCAUGAUUAAAGUUUUCUUUAUCUUAUUUUCUAAUCAGUCCUAAAAGUGGUGAAUUAUGUGUUUUAAAUAAUUUUGAAUUAAUACAAAUUUUUCUUCUGGCCAUCGUAAAAGUUAAUUUGUAAGAGCCACGUAUACUGCGAUAUACAGAUACCCAAAGCUAAGUACUAAACACCACUAAAACUACAUGUACAGUAUUGUAUGUCAUUCAUAAUGCAAGUGUUAAAUUAUUAGGAGCUUAGAUUAAAGGGGAAGCUUAACCCUAACCCUAGAUUCGGUUUUUAGUUACCAAAUAUGCUGAACUUUGCAAGAUACCGAAAUACAUUGUAGGCAUAAUUUUGUUUGAGCAUUUCAUUGAAAAAACAUGCAUAGAAAAUGUUAAACCUGUUGUUAAAAACAAGUACCGAGCUUAAGGACGGUGUUUCAGUACAUCCAAGUGUCUAUUAUUUUUUUCCAAACAUCUAAUAUUGAAGUGAAAAAUAUCAGUUUUUCAAUGUUAUCUUAAUUUACAAAAUAUUCAGAGACCAUUAUAAAAUGACACUGAAUUAAAUGUUUUAUAUUCUUAGUUUCCCCAUAGAAAGCUUCCUUAAAAAGCCAAGCACUGAACCUAAUUCAGUCUUUUAAAUAAAGUCAGUUGGCAAUAAAAGUUUUUCAUCUAUAAAUGUUCCCGGUCAUGUCUGGAACAACAAAAAGAAAGAUGUGACAAGAUGUACUCUCUGUGUGGUAAUUAGUGGUAGUUUGCUAUGGUUGUGACAAAAAUCAGCUCAGUGUAUUUCAAUAAGUUCAGCUCCCCCCAGAGUCUGGUCCUAGAUGGUCAUGCAGACCAAAUGUAGCUGCUGUCUCUUCAGUCCCCUUUGAGGGUUUAAGAAAUUUGCUCUGUCCCACUGGUUUUGUAAGUCACCUUAAAUCAUCAGCAGUACAUUAGGAAAUGACAGUUGCUCCCAUUUUAACAUUUAAACCUUCUGUUAGGACCUAAAGCAUCUGAUGAUUUAAGGAGACUUGAGACCUGGGGAACCCUGCUCUAGAAACUAUCAAUGCAUUGAUAAAACAUAUAACAAUAAACAUUGGUAGUUAAAUAUUAAAUCCUCCAGUUCAUUCCUGUGCAGUCUUUGAUCCAGUCAUCUGUUUAAUUGUGUUUACAAAAAAAAUACAUCCUGCCCUGUGAAAUGGAUUGGAAAGUCCAGUGCUUGACUGUCCUUGGUAUAUAACUGUUUUAAACCACCUAGUAGGUCUUGUGCUUUCAGAGUUAUGGAACAUAUAAUUUAAGACCAAAAGAAGUUCAAAUAUCUUGAGUAUAAAUGAUUCUCAUUUAAAUUGCAAAGCUUGAUUCUUGUUAUACACAUCUUGCUAAUUUUUAAUGUACUUUUAUUUUGUCUAUCUUUACAUCCUAUUUCAUUUUGGUUGGACAGUAAGUUAUACAUACUUGUGAUGUGUAUUGAAACUCUGGUAGAUGCAAGUAUCGCCUUUUUGUGCAAGGGAAUCCCCUCCAAAAACAGAAACAGAACCAUAAAGAGAAAUGAGAAUGGGCACACAGAUCUGAGUGCCUGUUCCAGCACUUUAAAACAUGAGAGAUCAGCACAAAAAGAAUACGGAAAUUAAUGCAACAGACUAUCUGUAGACUUGCAAACUUUAUGUUCAUCAACUGAGAAGCCUAUCAUUUGUCGUCAAGAUACACAGAAAUUUGGUUUACUGUUUUAAUCUUAUGAACAGAUUGUUUAAUUAUGACAAACACCUUAUGCAAUAGUAGGUAGUUCUAAAUGAUUUUCCUUCUUUACUUUCACUUUUUGCAAUUUUUAAACAUUUAUAUCGAUAUUGUAGUUUUUUUGUCAAAUAAUGAAUAAUCACUACUAUCCACCCACUGUGAGGAAUGAGUGUUGACAAUCAGAGAGGCAAUAAUUUGCUGCUUAAUACACUGUGAUAAGCCUGGCCCUGACAAUGAAUGAUAGUGCUGGGUUGAAGUUGUAAAUUUACUCUUACAAUCUUCAGUGUACAACUAGACACAUUCUUAGAGAUGCUGAUUCAUCAGUUUAUAAUGAUUGUUCUACAGGAGUUCUCAGAGUUUUUGUUCUUUAGGGGGCCUAGAUAUGUUUUUUUCUUAGAGUGACAUAUUUACAUGUAAUUUAAUAAGGAUAUCAUUCCAUUACCAUGGGGGGCAGCCUCUCAGUCACAUUUGCUUUUAUGUUUUUUUGUUUGAAAGUUAUAUUUUCAAUAUUUUAAAAAUUACCUUGAAAGGCAUCUAAGAAUAGCCUAGAAUUCUUUUUUUUUGUUCUUUUCACAUUUCUGUAGUUCACUGUAUGUUAGAAGAUUGAACUCUGCUUUAUUCAGUGAUCCCUCUGCAAAUGAUAGUUGUAAUGGCUGUACUCCUUUUAGAUAGUAAAGGUCAGUUUAUUUUAUUUUGAUUAAUAUUUUUUUUCAAGUGAAAUAACUUUUUAAGAUGUUUUAAAGGCAUUCAUUUGACAUUUAUGUAGUAUUAAUUUGAAAUCUUAUUGUGGAACAAAAUGCAACAUUGAUGUUCUAAAAGUAUUUGUGAACAUUUUAAAGUGCAAAUUUAGUAAGAGAGCAUACAGUAGAUAUUGAUAGAUCAGUUAAAUUAAUAUAUUUUGCACUUUAAAAUAGAACAUUCAGAGCUUAAGAAAGGAAAGAACUUUGGAAGAUGUCCUGUUCAUGCUUAAAACCAGAGACACAAUAUUAAAAAUCACUUUACUAGAAGAUUUACACUGUAAUUGCCAUAUAAAAGAAGGGAGAGGUCUGUCUUUGUGCUCACGUUUUUUUCCCAAUGAUCUGCUUCUCCUGUGUAACCUGCGCACAUUGCUGGAUAUACUUGUUUGUGAAAAUGUUUCAAAUUCAAUAAAAAUCUUUAUUUGCCAUUUAAUUUCUGAAACAGAAAGCCUUUAAGUCUUUCCCUAGUUAUGUAGUUUUAUACCCUGUUUCUGGGACAAAUAGAAAAUGUUCAUAUUUCCAGAAAUAUGGGGUAUACAGUAUAUUUAUGAGUUAAAAUGUAAUCAUGCUCUCUGUUCAGUUGUGAGCAGUGCAGAGAGUAUGCCCAGACCUUUUCCUGUGUAUCUGUUUUUAACACCACCUCUACAGGCAGUUCACCCUUUUCUAUUAUGUGACCAUGGGCUAGAAGUCAUUUGUGAUGGAAUUUCUUUUGUCAAUUGCUUCUCUGGUUUUCCUUUCCCCUUUAAUAAAUACAAGCAUAAAAAGUG